AAGAAAGAGAGCGCGUGUGAUGUGUUUGUGUAUCCUCAGUGUUUUUCUCUCUUGCGUGUUUCAUUGAGUGUAAACAGAGUCUUGUUUCUGUGUAUUUUAGUGUUGAGACGAUACAGGACACUACAGUGUGUGACAGUAAACAGAGCUUACAGGAGGAUCAAACCUCCGCAGAGUCUCUGGAUUCUGUCUGUAACGCUGGAGAACAGCAGCAGAUCCUGCAGACCAAACUGAAGAUGUGUUCAGUUAAACUCAUCGACUGCACGAACCUCAUGAUGAAGAUUAAAACUGAACCCACAGAAAUCAAAACUGAACCCACAGAAAUGAAAACUGAACCCACAGAAAUCAAAACUGAACCCACAGAAGUCAAAACUGAACCCACAGAAAUCAAAACUGAACCCACAGAAGAGGAAGAUCGCACCGAGGAAGAUGAUGAUUUUAUUACAGAUGUGAAGAGUGAUUCAUGUUUGGAUAUAGAAAUAACGUCCUCAACAUCAAAAGAGCGACUGACAGCACAAACUCUUUCCUGCAUCACCUGUGGAAAGACAUUCAGCUCACAGAGACUUUUAGAGAGACAUGAGAGAAAACACACAGAACAGAAACUCUUCACCAGAUCUGAGAUCAGCUUUACUACCUUACAAGAGAAGAAACUUCAUUCAGAAGACCACAGAGAGCAGAAGAAGAAGAAGAAGAAGAAGCAGUUUCACUGUGAGCAGUGUGGGACGAUUUGUGUCUCUUCCUCUGAUCUAAAUGUUCACAUGAGGAUACACAAUGGUGAAAAGCCUUUCUACUGCACUGAAUGUGGAAAAUACUUUAGAACCAAAUCCAAUCUUAAAAUUCAUCAGAGACUUCAUACAGGUGAAAAACCUUUCAAAUGCUCUCAGUGUGACAAGACGUUUGCUCAGUCAAGUUAUUUACAAGCCCAUGAGAAAGUUCACACUGGAGAGAAACCUUACGUCUGUGAUCACUGUGGAAAGAGCUUCUCUAAUUCAUCUAAUUUAAGAAUUCAUCAGAAGGUUCAUACUGGAGAGAAACCUUAUCACUGUAGUCUCUGUGGGAAGAGUUUUAGUGCAAAGGCUAUAUUACUAAAUCACAAGAGAAUUCAUACAGGGGAAAAACCUUACAAAUGCUCUCAGUGUGACAAGACGUUUGCUCAGUCAGGUUACUUACAAGUUCAUCAAAGAGUUCAUACUGGAGAGAAACCUUAUCACUGUAGUGUCUGUGGGAAGAGUUUUAGUGUAAAGCAUACAUUACUAAAUCACAAGAGAAUUCAUGAAAAAUCUUACAAAUGCUCUCAGUGUGGCAUGACCUUUACUCAGUCAGGUUACUUAAAAUCCCACCAGAGAGUACAUACUCCAAUGAAAUCUUAUCACUGUAGUGUUUGUGGGAGGAGUUUUACUCGCCAUGGCAGUUUAGUAUUACACCAGAGACUUCAUACAGGUGAAAAACCUUUCAAAUGCUCUCAGUGCGACAAGACGUUUGCUCUGUCACGUUACUUACAAGCCCAUCAAAGAGUUCAUACUGGAGAGAAACCUCAUCACUGUAGUUUCUGUGGGAUGUGUUUUAGACAACAGUAUGCCUUAAUAAUUCACAAGAGAAUACAUACAGGUGAAAAACCUUUCAAAUGCUCUCAGUGUGACAAGACGUUUGCUCAGUCAAGUCACUUGAAAGCCCAUCAGAGAGUUCAUACUGGAGAGAAACCUUAACUUUGUCUGUGGGAAGAGUUAAUCAACAGUAUAUGUGAUUUCUUAAAAAUGUGAGUGUAUAUGUUAUUCUUUUUUAACUGUGUGACUAUGAGGUGGUAUAUUUGAUUGACUGGUGCUUCGCGAUUAUGAUGUAAUGUGAUUAUAAGGUGGCUUAUGUGAUUUCUUAAUUAUGUGACCAUGUGGUGGUUUUCAUGCAAAUCCCUUAACUAAGGGAUUAUGAAUUAGUAUAUGGACUGUGUGACUGUGAGGCUGUAUAUGUAACUCUACUAGGGGUGUAACGGUUCUCGGUAAAGAAUCUAAUCUUCCCGUCAUCCUCCCACGGUUCAGGACGCACGUGCACCGUGUUUGAUUCGACCACGCAUUUCUAAUAUAGUUUGGUGAAAAAAACAAUGCAUAAAACUGCUAAUGUAGGGUUCUGAAUAAGCUCUGCGUAUGUUUACGUGAGAGUACCUGUCCAAUCAACUCAUAGUAUGCAAAUCUGUUGCCUACCUCACAGUUCCUCCUCACGUGUUGGUGUGUGCGGUGCGGACCGUUUAGUGCAGCAAGCGAAGGAGAAAAGACGCUAAUACAUGCACCGCUAGCUUCAUUUAAGUCUACUGCAGCAGCGAUGCUCAAGAAAACGAGGACAAAACUGUAAAAUUUGUGAGUGUCGUAUGCUCAAAAACUUUAAGAUAGUGGCAUAAAAUAUAAAAAGUAACCCAGUGUUCUAAGCUAUUUUAUGUGAAUUUUGAAGUUACUGUAAUGUUGGCUACAUGUAGUAUAAUAAAACAAGUGCUCUUACAUGAAAAUUUUGAUUUUGGCAGAGGUUAAAAACGACUAAGGUUUUUAUUUGUGUAAAGAAGCCUGUUGUGACCAAAGUGUAACGAAACGUAUCGAACCGCGACUCUAAAACCUUGAUAUGCACCGAACCGUGAGUAAUUUGAACCGUUACACCCCUAGUAACUACAUAUCCAUGUGAAUGUUAGACGAUAUACGUGAUUUUUGUAAUUGUGAAGAUGCGGCACACACUAUUGCCCAAGAAAAAUUUCCCCAAGAGGACAAUAAAGUGUAUCGUAACAGUCAAACUUUGUAAAGCACCAGGGACCUUAAUAAGGUUAUGACACCGAAAACUUUAACUAAAGUUUUAAAUAUUGUUAAAAGUUAUUAGUAAAAUAAGAGCAAAUCAAAUUUAGAGCCUGACAGAUAUGCAUUAUUUUUGGGCUGAUACAGAUAUUUGGGGGGUAAAAAAGGCAGAUAUGAUAUAUCGGCCGGUAUCUUUAUCUGUAUAUUAUACUAAAGUACUGUACAUAGAAUACACUAUAUACAUUAACAGACUAGAUUUAUACUAUAUAAAAAUAAAUAAUUUUUUGCAAUGAUCACUCACAAAUGUGGUGAUCAAACACUUAUAAUGACGUGACAAAGAUAUGUCAUAUAGGCAGGUGUGUUUAACAAGUUAACAAUAAACUUUAUUAUCCAAAAUGAUUCUGACAUCAGUGCAGAAAACCAUAAACUUGACUUAUUAUGAAUAACUUUAAAACACAAACAGAGCAAAAAAUGUAACUUAAAUCAUUGGCCAUUUUGAUGAGAGUAAUGAUAUUUCGAACUUGUAUUGAAAAGGAAACUUGUUACUCAACUGCUUUUUCCUAUUUUCAAACCAUUUUCGCUUCGGUUUAGGGUUAGAUUUGGUGUUUGUGUUAGUAUGUAACUUCACCUAUUUGUUUAUAUUAUUUUUUCUGAUUUAUUCUUUUAUAUUUUUUAAACUUUAAAAAAUUGUCGCCUGGCGUUGGGGUUAGAGUUGAGUUUGGGUAAGGAUGUCAUUUCAUGUGAAUCUAACCCUAAACCGAAGCGACAAUGGUAAGAAAAUAGGACAAAACAGUUAAGUAACCAAUUCAUGAGCAUGCCACGGAAAAAGACAGUCCGUAGCAGUGCCACGGAAAAAUGUGGAGAUCUGCGAGAACGCCACGGAAAAAAUUCUGUGACUAUCCCACUGAAAUUCGUGAUGCGUAGUGUCUGCUAUACCUGCACAUCAUGUUAAUGUUAAAGCCUUGCAAAACAACUUUUCUUUGGAGCAAUUAGGCAAGUUAAACUCAAAUUCGACCAUCUUCUUUUCCCAGCUUUGUGCCAUUUAAAAAAAAUUGUGUAAAGACAGAAGGGUGAAAUUGCAAAUGUAAAAACCGUCUCGUGAGAAUGCCACGAAAUCAGCUGUGUGUGUUCAUCGUGGAAAUUAGUUAUUCUACAACCCCAAAUCAGAAAAAGUUGGGACACUGUAGAAAUUGUGAGUAAAAUGUUGAAAAAAGCAAGGUCUUUCCUGAAAGAGACGACAUCUGAAUGGGAUCAUAUGUAUCUAGAACUUGGAUAAACCUUUCAGCAUUGAUGAUGCCUUUCCAGAUGUGUAAGCUGUCCAUGCUACACACACUCAUGCAACCCCAAACCAUCAGAGAUGCAGGUUUCUGAAAUGAGCGCUAAUAACAACUUGGGUUGUCAUUGUCCUCUUUAAUCCGGAUGAAAUUGCGUCACAGCUUUCCAAAAAGAACUUCAAAUUUUGAUUCGUCUGACCACAGAACAGUUUUUCACUUUGCCACAGUCCAUUUUAAAUGAGCCUUGCCCAGGGAAAACGCCUGUGCUUCUGGAUCAUGUUUAGAUAUGGCUUCUUUUUUGACCUAUAGAGUUUUAGCUGGCAACGGCGAAUGACACAGUGGAUUGUGUUCACUGACAAUGUUUUCUGUAAGUAUUCCUGAGCCCAUGUUGUGAUUUCCAUUACAGUAGCAUUCCUGUAUGUGAUGCAGUGCCGUUUAAGGGCCCGAAGAUCACGGGCAUCCGGUAUGGUUUUCCGGCCUUGACCCUUACGCUCAGAGAUUGUUCCAGAUUCUCUGAAUCUUUGGAUGAUAUUAUGCACUGUAUAUGAUGAUAACUUUAAUCUCUUUGCAAUUUUUCUCUGAGAAACUCAGAAAACAAUUUUUCGCCGCAGCAUUGGGGUAAUUGAUGAUUCUCUGCCCAUCUUGACCUCUGAGAGACACUGCCACUCUGACAGGCUUUUUUUAUACCAAAUCAUGUUGCCAAUUGACCUAAUAAGUUGCAAAUUGGUCCUUCAACUGUUCCCUAUAUGUACAUUUACAUUUUCUGGCCUCUUAUUGCUGCCUGUCCCAACUUUUUUUGGAAUGUGUAGCUCUCAUGAAAUCCAAAAUGAGCCAAUAUUUGGCAUGACAUUUCAAAAUAUCUCAUUUUCAACAUUUGAUUUGAUUCUACUGUGAAUAAAAUAUAAGUUUAUGAGAUUUGUAAAUGAUUCCAUUCCUUUUUUACUCACAAUUUCUACAGUGUCCCAACUUUUUCUGAUUUGGGGUUGUAGCUAUAUAAGUACCUGUCAUUAACCCACACUUGCCUGUAAGUACUAAAUAUUUAUAUUGUACAUUCAUGACAAGAAGUACAGUAGUGCUUCUGUUAUUUACAGUAUACCUAUAAGUAUGUACUGUAUCUGGUAUUACCCAGUACUAGGGGUGAGUCGCUUGACACACUGUCCUGACACACGUACCGAGCUUUCGAAACACUACUGCUUCAGAACAGCGCUCCGAAGCCUAGCUUGAAAUUAGGCUGCCACGUGAUCUAUGGAAAUGAAACUUCAUUACCUCAUUGACACGUCAUGCAGGAUUCAGGUUUCAAAACACAGUGCACGCUGUGGUCUAUCUAGUUAAUGCAUUAAAUUAUAUAUAUAUAUAUAUAUAUAUAUAUAUAUAUAUAUAUAUAUCCCAAGGGUUUUUCCCUCCUUGGAAUUAUUUUAUUUCCCCUGGCUUAAAAGUCCGGGGGGUUUUUUCUCCUAGGGGGUUUUUCAACCCGGGGAGGCAGCCUUUUUGGGCUUAACUUAGCACCCUCUUCUAUACGUUACAUUAGUAAUACGCUCGUUUAUAAUGUUGGUUCAUAGCCCCAGCAAAUUUAGCUGCUUAUGCUGUUGUGUAUUAUGUUUUGCUAUCUGUCGAUUUUCUGUGCUUUUCACUGCUUCUAUUAAUGUAAAGCUGCUUUGAACCAAUUGCCAAUUGUGAAAAGCGCUAUAUAAAUAAAAUUGAAUUGAAUUGAAAUUUAAAUAAUUAUAAUGUAUCAAUGUCUAUUACAUUGUAUGUGCAUGUGUAUUGUUGUUCAUUAAAUAUUAAUAAUAAAACCAUGAUGACCAUG